AUGGUCAAGAAGAGAAAGAAUAACGGCCGCAACAAGAAGGGCCGCGGCCACGUCAAGCCCAUCCGGUGCUCCAACUGCGCCCGGUGCACCCCCAAGGACAAGGCCAUCAAGCGGUUCACUAUCCGCAACAUGGUCGAGUCUGCGGCUAUCCGUGAUAUCUCGGACGCUUCGGUGUUCGCCGAGUACACGGUUCCCAAGAUGUACCUCAAGCUGCAGUACUGCGUCUCUUGCGCUAUCCACGGCAAGAUUGUCCGUGUCCGUUCCCGUGAGGGCCGUCGCAACCGCGCUCCUCCCCCGCGCGUCCGCUACAACAAGGACGGCAAGAAGAUUGUCCCCACCCAGGCUCCCAAGACUGCCUAA